GAGGAAGAGCAAGAGCAAGAUGAUCACUGCUGUGCCAUGGUUGCUCUCACUAGUUCUGAUCCUUGUGGCACUGACACCAAGAUCAGAGUCGUCUACCUCCAACAUUUCACCAGAAUUGGGGGUGGUGGCAGAUGGCGGUGGUCAAGGGAAUCAGUGGUGCAUAGCAGAUGAGCAAACGGCGGCUGAUGUUCUACAAGUGGCUCUCGAUUGGGCAUGUGGCGCUGGGGGUGCAAAUUGCAGCAUGAUCCAACCAAACAAGCCUUGCUAUCUUCCCAACACUGUCAAGGACCACGCAUCCUACGCUUUCAACAGCUACUGGCAAAAACACAAACACCAAGGAGGCACCUGCUACUUCAAUGCUGCUGCCAUGGUCACAGACUUGAACCCAAGUCAUGAUGCUUGCCAAUUCGAAUCGCUGCCUUGAGGCAGCUGAGGAGGGAACUCGAUCGCCGUGUUGGAGUUUGUCCGAAUAAUAUGCUGCAGGUCUUGACAUCUGCCAUUGGAAGUUGGAAAGGAAGUCCUACCAUAGCCAUUCAGGUCUGAUGUUUGCCGUUCCAAAUGACAAAAGUCGAGUAGAAGUUGAUUGCUAUCAAACUUCACUAGUCAGUUGAAAUUAUUAGUUUUGCGAGCCA